CCUCCCCCUCCCCCUCCCGCCACCGCCGCCUCUCCUCCCUGCUCCGGCUCCGAGGCCAAGUGGCGGCUCCUUCCAUCCCUGCCAGCCAGCUGCGGCCGCGCGGCCAGCCCCUCUCUCGGAUUCUUCUGGGAAGAUUUGAAGUAGGAAGGAUCCUUCAGAGCAUGGCCCAGCUGACUCCAUCAUGCAGCAUUUCACAAACUCUUGGCAGGUGAUGAUCUGUAGUUGAGCCGGCUAAGUUGUUUUAAGUGUGAAUAGCAUUCCUCUCUAAGAGGGCUUUCCUGCCAUUCAAGGUAUAUUUAGGAACCAGUUUGAAAUAUAAUGCAUGAAUAACAGCUGGCACCAUGACAGUUGUUAGACAGAGAAAGGGAACAAAAGCCACAGAAGUUCCAGAGGUGUGUCUGUCACAGGAGAAGAAUUGGAAACUCAACGGAAAGCUUCUGCCUGGUGGAAAAUUGUGGAAGAAACUUUCACUCAUCAUUGGUGGAAUCAUUGGCAUUUCCUUGGGAAUUCUCACUUCUGCUUAUGUUGCUACGCUACAUGAGAACGAUCUGUGGUUUUCCAACAUCCAGGAGGUAGAGCGGGAGAUAUCAUUCAGGACAGAAUGUGGCCUGUAUUACUCUUAUUACAAGCAGAUGCUGCAAGCGCCAUCUAUUCAACUAGGUUUACAUGGUUUGAUUUAUGACAAUAAAACUGAGUCCAUGAGGACAAUUAACAUACUUGAAAGAAUGAAUGUUUACCAGGAAGUAUUUCUCGGCGUUCUGUACAGGAUUUUUCAUAUUAAGACGUUUUUAGAGCCUGUUUAUUUUUACAUCUACACAUUGUUUGGCCUUCAGGCAGUCUACGUGGCUGCUCUCUAUGUCACCAGCUGGCUGCUCAGUGGAACUUGGCUGUCAGGUGUACUCGCUGCCUUCUGGUAUAUUACAAACAGAAUAGAUACCACACGGGUUGAAUUCACCAUUCCAUUACGAGAGAAUUGGGCUCUGCCGUUCUUUGCUGUUCAGGUGGCAGCAAUUACAUUCUUGCUCAGACCUCAUUUGCGGCCUCUUCAUGAAAGGCUGACGCUUUUGGCAGUAUUUAUUUCAACCUUCCUCUUCAGUUUAGCUUGGCAGUUCAAUCAGUUUAUGCUGUUGAUCCAAGCGUUGGUUUUGUUCACACUUGACUGUCUUGAUUUACUUCCUAAGGGAAAGGUGACCUGGAUCUACAUGAUACAAGUAGCAAGCCUGCUGCUUGUCUGCCUCCUACAGUUCUUUAAUUCCAUGAUAGUAGGAUCAUUACUUGUAAGCUUUAAUCUGUCCACCUUGCUAGCAAGAAAACUUCAGAAUAACUUGAAAACAGGAGGCUUGUUUGCCAGACUUGGGAAACUUUUUCUCCAUGUACUCUUAGUUCUAUGUUUGACUUUCCUUGUUAAUAAAUUUAUUAAGAGAGUUCUUAAUCUUGAGUCUGAUGAACAUAUAUUUAAAUUCCUGAAAGCAAAAUUUGGAUUUGGAGCAAAAAGAGACUUCGAUGCUAACUUGUACCUGUGUGAAGAAGCUUUUGGCCUCUUGCCUUUUGAUACUUUCUCAAGACUUUCAGGCACUUUAGUUUUUUAUUCCUACUUACUAGUGCUUUUUGUAAUGGCCAUCACAGCUGCUGCUGUUGCUGUUCAUAAUCUCAGUGGUUCUGCUAACAUCAAAUCCAUGGAUAAACCACAAAAGUGUACAAUGCUGCUGAAACCCGGUGCUGCAUACAACUUGGUACACACCAUUCUGUUUGGAUUGCUGGCUCUGAGCACAAUGAGGAUGAAAUAUCUUUGGACUUCCCAUAUAUGUGUGUUUGCAGCUUCUGGCUUGUGCAGUAGUGACAUGUGGGGAAUGAUCUUGAGACUCGUGCAUCUUUACACACCACAAAGAGUAUCUGUGAUUAGGUAUUUAACACCAAUACUCAUAUUACUGUAUCUUUGUUAUAAGUUCUGGCCUGGAAUGAUGGCUGAGCUGUCAGAGUUGAGAGAAUUCUAUGACCCAGACACAGUGGAGCUGAUGAACUGGAUUAAAUCCAACACCCCAAAGAAAGCGGUGAUUGCUGGCAGCAUGCAGCUGUUGGCAGGAGUCAAGCUCUGUACGGGAAGGAUUUUAACAAAUCACCCACACUACGAAGACAAAAGCCUGAGAGAGAGGACAAAAGAGGUUUAUCAAAUAUAUGCAAGAAGAUCACCUGAAGACAUCCACCAGAUCCUCAGAUCCUUUGGCACCGACUUUGUGAUACUGGAGGACAGCAUUUGUUACGAAAGAAGACACAGCAGGGGCUGCCGGUUGCGUGACCUUCUUGACCUAGCAAACGGCCAUACCAUGGAUGGUCCUGGGGGAAACGACCCUGAUCUGAAGCCGUCACCGUAUCCUCGCUUCUGUGAGGAAAUCAAAAGAAACCUGCCUUCAUAUACGAUGUAUUUUGCUAAAGUAUUUCAGAACAAAACAUUUCAUGUUUACAAGCUAACUAGGCAUAAAAAGACCCCAUAACUCUGCUGUGUCCACAGUGAAAACGGCAAAGGGUUUUACAAAAGUGGACCAUUUUUUUUGGUAUCGUUGUGCGCUGAUUUGAAGUGUUUACUACUUAAUUACUGUGACAGUUUGAGAGGGUUUGUUGCGGUCGCAUUUUUUGUGAGUGUGUCCAGAAAGUUUGUGUGGAUUACUUAAAGCUGGUUCACAGAGGCCCCUGGUGUGUACUCCCUACAUCCGCUGGAGUCUCCAGCUUUUGCUAGCUCUGUAUAAGCACAUCUAGGAUGUCAUGUGUGACUCUUCUUGGUGACAGAUGGAUGGUGCAUAGAGAUCUCUGUGCCACAUCACAAAGGAUGCUGAGAGUGGCAGGGCGUGUGCCCAAGACCGACUCGCACAUUGUGGACCAGCGUGGACCAGCCGUAGUCUCUUCCCAUCAACCACUAACCUAGGAAAUUCUGCUCAGGGUUCCGGCUUGCCAAUGUGGUCCUGUGAUACCUUUAGGAGUGCUCUUUCUUCACCCCUGUUCUUUCUUUCCUUUCGGAUGACCUGGAGUGCGAAUCCCGUUUACUUAGGAGUAAGUUUAAUGGAGCUUAUUGUCAAGUCAGAGUGCAGAACGUGAGAGCCUGAAUUUUGUAACAUCCUGUGACCUGCCAGAGUGCUGGGGAUCUGGGCGAAGGGGACUGGUGGUUUCAUGUGAUGUUGGCUCACCAGUGGCCCUCAGCAAUGCAGUGCCUUUGGUGAGCUUCACUUUAUCUGCCACCCCCUUCCCGCCUCUCCCUCAGCACAGCACAACCAGACUGUGCUGCCAAGGAUGAAGCAGCCAGCAUCCCUGCAGCCGUUUUCGUAGCUAAGGUCAAAGAAAUGUGAGGACGCCCUGCUCUGUUCAGCUUUGCUUUUAAGCAAAGACUCAAAAGAGAGGGUUCUCCUGGCAUGGUCAGCUGUCUUCCACUUGCCAGAAACGGUAACCUCCUUGCGGCAUUGAUCAGCCUGGGUCGGAUCUUUAAUAUGAGCUCCAGGUUGAUCUGCCUCCAGGCAAAGCUCUGGCUCUUAUAGGGGUGUUAGAACUGAAGGCUAUAGCCACAGUCCCAGCACACCACCUUAGGGGGAUUUGCAUGCACUCUCUGAACAUGUACCAAUUCUCAAGCUUUUGCUUUUUCUCUUUCUUGUUGCGUAUUUGUUCUGUUGUACCCAUUAGUAGUGGUUUGUUUUCCUGUGGUUCCACACUCGAUAAGGGUUUUGUCUGUGUGAUUCUGAGCCUUUGAAGACGAGAGCAUGUGUGUCUGUCUUUUGUAAUGUAGCAUGUUGUGGCGUCCUGUAUUUCAAAGGGUAAAAGAGGUAUUGCCAUCAAAGAGCAAAAUGCCCUUCUCCCUCACACAGCAGUGUUCAGUUCCUGUACUGUUUGUUCAUGGUUUUUUUUAAAAAAGCAAGAAUAACUAAAACCAAGCUAAGUAGUGUCAUAAAGAUCAUUAAAAGUAGUAGAAUAUUUGUGAUUUAAGGGAGAAUUUUGCUUUAUUGUACAUUCCAUAUACAUGGUGCCUCCCCCCACCGUUGCCACAACAGUUCCCCACCACUGUUUCCUCUCGCUUGUGUAAAACAAAAUCCAUUAAUAAUUUUAUUUUCUGUCAAAGCUGAUAGAUUUCACAUUUUUGUACAUUUUGAACUUUUAUGAAGACUGCCAACUUUUUAAUGCUGUGUUCUUUUCUAAAGAAAGAAGUCACUGUGAUGUUUUUAAUGCUAAUUUUAACAUUUUUAUAAGAGACUUAGAGACAGGGUUUGUUUGAAAGUAAAACUUUCCCACUCAUUAACAUGCAACCUGGAAGCCGUACGUACCUCUCCUAGGCACUUCUCCUGCAGAAUCUCCAUUGAAACGAAUGGGAGUUGGCCAAUGAUAUAUGGCCCAGCUCUUAUUAAUUUCAGCAAGGUUUGCCUAGGCCUAGUUUCCAAUGGAUUCUCGCCAAUAUUUAUUUGUGUUGCAAAGUACAAUGGUCAUCAGAUGCCUCUGGGACACCAUCAAAACACCAAUAUCUGGCCUGCUCAAAUAAUUCACGUAAGAAAAUUGUUACAGUUAAUUUCGAACAAUGAGAACUUGCAGGGCUCCAACUAGCUUUCCAUAUUUAAUUAAAUCAAGAUGUGUUAUGAGAUUAAAGUUCCCCAACUGAGCUAUGUUCCAUUUCCCAGUGAUUUAAACGCUCUCCCUCUGUAGUUGUUUCUAGGUAAAUUACUGCAGGGCUAGAUAUGACUGUGUCACCUGCACACAAAAUAAUGUUAUAUUUAGUCGAGUAUUCAUUAAAUAACAUGCAGGAUUUUUUUCUGUGCUUUCAUGCUGCCACCAAAAGGAAAGCAGGCUUUAAUCAACUCACAUUUAAAUCAAAUCUGGACGUGAGCCUCGGUUUUUAAGCAAGCAAAGGCCUUGAAUAAUUUCUGCUCAGUAUCCUUUAAUGAGGUUGGAGCCCACUGCCAUUUCAACAUAAUACAAUAAUAAAACAUUUUAAUAAGUAGUAAGACUUUAAUUAAGCUUGUUGUGAUGUGUGCCUGGUCUUGCUGGGAGCCUGGGUGAGUGGAUUGCUCAAUGAGAGGGUUAUGUGCUAAUUCACCUAGAAGGUACCGUACAGUAAGAUAAGGUUGCCCUAUUUUAAAGGCAGUGGGUGUAAUCUGCUGGAGCCGUAAACAUUCAGGGCCCCUUUGGCCAGCACUUCCUGUAUCUCUCCUAAAAGUUGCCCACACAGCACUGGAGGGUCACUGUCGCUUAGAUCAUUCUUCUGCACUGAGAAUCCUGCUUGUACUGCCUCUCAAAAAAAAACCCUGAUCCCUUUUGCUAUCUGUUUAAAUGGCCAUUCCGUGCAGUGGAACACCAAUGUUUGGGACCUGCUAGGGCUGCUGUGUAGGGAUGUGCAAACCGGUUUACGGCUCAAUAUCGUGCCAAACCCCGCAACCUGUCCAGGGAGGUUCUAAGUUAACUUGGAAGAAAAUAUUUAACUUAGCCCCUCCAGGGGGCACUCCUGCAGCCACUGUGGAGUCUCCGGAGGCUUCCCCGCUGGCCUCCAUUACAGCCCCAAAUAGACCAGUUCAGGCGAUUCUUGGCCCGCUCUGGGCCUGUCCUCACAGUGGCCAUUUUGGAGGCUGCCGCACAUGCCCAAUGGGCCUCAUGCCCAGGUGCCAAACUCAAAAUUGUCCGUCCUUAUAAGAAAUGCCGGAGCAAGCAAGGCAACAGCUGUUAUUUGACCGCCUGAAAAAGGCCAGAGGCAACUGCGCUGAGCUCUUCUCCAGGUCUUAAGCGCAAAGGGGAGGAAAAGACGCGGUUUGGCUAGUCAAGUCUCUCCAGGCUUUCAGAAGAGUGGAGAGUGAAGGUGACAUUGAAGUGGUUAACAGAGUUUGAAUGUUCACCAUGCUGAUUCACUGUGCUCAAUAUCUGCAAAACAAUUUUAGUGGUAUUACCUAGUGAUUUGGAACACUUGGAGGCUAUUCCCACGAUCAAGCGAAAUCAGGCUAGGGGAGCCUAGCCCGAUUUCGCCUGACCGUGAGAACCACCAGGCUCACAGGCAAGCCCGGUGGCCUCCAAGCGGUUAACCUGCUUAAGUAACCUGCUUAAGUAACCCUAAGGCCAGGUUAGCCGAGCAAGCACUCCCUCUAACACAGCUUCCCUCCAUUUUUGUCUGUUUGGUACAGUAUUCCCUUAGUGUAGAACUUUACAAAUUGUGACACCCCCACCCCCUCAAGCCAUAUGUAGCCCAGCAGCCAUGCACAGUAGCCCACGAUGGCUCAACAGACUGUGUGCCUUGGACUGCAAACAUAAGGGAAUUGUAGCAGGCCACCACCUGGCUGGUUGGGUUUAUUUGGCUUAAUGGCUCACAAGCCUGCCUUAGUAUGUGUUAAUUAUCUAAACUGUACAUUUUGGUCUUCCCAUUUUUCAUUGUGCCAUCCACCAGGUUGUCUUGCUGUCAAUUCUAUGCCAUAUAUUUCUAUUAUUAUUUCAUGGAGGACAAGUCCUGCUUGUUUUGAUGGCUGCAUGGGUACCUCCAAGUUCAAAGGCUGAGUGUCUCUGAAUACUGGUUGCAGAGGAGUGACAGCAGGAGAAGGGGUUUGCUUUCAUUUGCCUGUGGGCUUCCCAGAGGUAUCUGGUUGGCCAUUGUGGGAAACAGGAUGCUGGACUAGAUAGACCUUGGCCCGAUCCAGAGGGCUCUUAUGAUGAUGAUGAUGAUGAUGAUAAUGAUUAAUGAUGUUAAUAGUAAAUCUAAUCCUUCCCCAGCUUCUUCUAAAAGUAUAUUUGUGUAAAUUUGCAGGUGACUUGCAGUGGACAUUUAAUCAGGGUGGCUUUACACAACCAUGGGCAAGUCCAGAAGCCAGGAACAUGGCAGGAACUGAGAAAGAGAGAGAGAGAGCACAUUCCUGGCAGGUGUGACAUCUGAACCUGCCCAAAUCCAGUUCCCAGAGCAGAUUCCCACAAUUCACCUGACUUUCUCCCAAGAAUCUACACCUACUUGUAACCUACUUUGAAGUUGAGUGGAGAGUCUCUGGAGAACGUAGGUGAAUCUUGGGGAUCCAGCACUGGAACCAGACUUGGGCAGGUUCAGAUGUCACACCCACCAGGAGAGCGUGCCCUCAGUUCCUGCCAUUUCCCCAGCUUCUGGGAUUGCUACUGGUUGUGUGAAGGCACCAUGAGAAAUUAGUCCAACUGAUGUCGGGUGGAUUUAGGUGAAGUGAGUUUUCAUGGAAUUACUUUACUCAACUUGGCCCGUUGGCGAAGAAUGGAAGUUCACUGUUUAUGGUCAAGUGAACAAUUAGUGGAACUAAACUGCCCCAAGGAUCCCAGUAUGGACAUGAGGAACCGCACAUCUUGGGGACCGAUAAAUUCUUUGCUUUUUCUAGUUUCAGAACUUCUGCUGGUUAACAGUUCACCAUGCAGGCAUUUUCUAAGAUGCUGUAAUGAGCCGCAUGAAUAUUGUCUGCUAAAUAAAGUUCUUUCUAAAACUCUAA